AUGUUUCCUUCAAUUAACAACUAUGAUCCCUUUCCGUCCAUCAAUCAGACCAUGCUUGGUACAAACAGUAAAAACCCUAGCUCUUCACCAGAACAUCAUCAUCCCUACCCAUUUCUGCACUUCUCUGAACCCUUUCUUGCUGAUGAUGAUGAGUUGCAUACGAUCCAACUUGUACCACAGCAAGAAAUCAUUUCUUCCAGUUUUAAUCUGGCCGCUCAGACUGAGAUUGCAACGGCAACCCCGAUGCAAGCAACAAAAAGAAGCUCAAGGAAGAAGAAAAGUGUGAGCAGUGAGAACAAUAGUAAAAAGCAGGCGAUUCCCCGAGAGAGAGCUGGAAAGAAGGAUAGGCACAGCAAGAUCCACACGGCUCAAGGCCCCAGAGAUCGCCGGAUGAGGCUGUCCCUUCAAAUCGCUCGUAAAUUUUUUGAUCUUCAAGACAUGUUAGGUUUUGAUAAACCAAGCAAAACCAUCGAGUGGCUAUUCUUCAAAUCCAAGGCCGCAAUCCAGGAACUCACUGAGAGUUUUCCAGGUUUCAAGCAAACCGAUAGUGGUGGUGGAAAGAGUAUUUCGCCUACUUCCGAUAGCGAAGUUGUCUCUGGAGGAGCUCUGGUUAUCAGAGAUUCUUUGAUGGGCACUUCCAACGAGGCAAAGAACAAGAAUUCAGAAAAAGCUCAGGAAUCCAGGAAGAAGGCAAGGGCAAGGGCAAGGGAAAGAACAAUUGAGAAGAUCAAAGGAUCAAAACAUUGCUCUGACGAAGUAAACCCUAAAGAUUUGAAACCAUUAGGGUCGUCUACUGCCCUUCAGACUGUUCAAAAGUUAGUUCCUUGUAGCCAAGAAAUCAAUUCCUCUCUUAAGGUAGUUGCUGAAGAAGAAUGCGGUACUAUUCGCUUGCAAGAACAAGAUAUGGACUCUGUCAGCAUCAUUGAGAAAUUUCUGGGAAUUACACCAGGAUCAUCAUCCACCUUCAGUAACUCACACAACACUAUAGAAUUAAGUGCCGAAAAUUUUCAUCAAAAGAAUGCAGUUUUCACAAGAAAUUGGGACAAAAUCAACAACGAUGCUUUUCAGUAUGCUUACUGUACAAUGACAAACAUGAAGGAAUUAACAGGUAAUCUCCAAGGACAAGACCCCUGUGCAAUCUACAUGUUCAACAAGAAUGACCAAGCUAAAAGAUAUAGCUCAAAUUUCACGACCAGCAAAAAUGCCCAUCAACACAACCCUAACUCAGUUUUCAUGUCUCCCUCAAAUGCCUAUGAACAAAACCCUAGUUCAAUUCCCGUUACCACCUCAAACAUUGAUUCGCAGUCUCACCUGCUAGAAAACCAAUACCUCAGCAACCCAAAUGUUUCCGAUAAAUAUUGCCGUUGGAAUUGA